AUGAAGGAGCCAUACUACUGCGGGAACUCGUCCGUCAAGCCACCCACCGCGCACUGCUACUCGUUGGUGCACUACGCCCUCCCGCAAAUCCCGGUGGCCUCCUUCCUCCUGCCGCCUCCCUACCAGUUGGCGGCUCCGCGGUGGCAAAGAUCAAACUCCAUCGAGCCCUACUACGCUGGCCACCCCACGCUCGGACGCCGCUACUGGCACGCCCAUGCCGACGACUGUGCUGUUGUCUCCGAUGACGACGACGACUACGACGAUGACGAUGUACCUGCUGUCUUGGGAACGGGCCAUGUUGUCGCGCCGCCUUCGCACCCGUCGAUUUCCCGCAAGGUUUCCGACAACUACCACAACAGCCAUUCUGACGACGAAGACAGCACCGCGUGCAUAGUGGGGGACACCAGCAAGCUUGCUGCCGUGUCUGGCAGCGCCCCCCUGGCGCUGCCGCCGCACGUGCACGACCUAGCCGAGGUCAACCGGGUGCUAGUGUUGAAAUCAGACAAUCCCAACAUCUUGAUCAACCCGCACGCCAGAUCGGUGUCGGCAACGUUGCGGGCCCCUCCCUACGUCAGUCACCAUGUUACUGACGUAUACGCAAGCGAGGUGCCCCGAACAUUACGCGACGAUUAUGACGUCCCUUGCUCAGCAUAUUUGGUCUAA